AUGUCUCAGCUAUGUUACAUUUUAGAUGCCUCUUGCAUGGAGAAGGGCAUCGGUAACGUCAAGAGAUGGUUUGAAGGGGAUCAGAAUCGCCAGUUUUCUCAAAUUAGCUUCUAUAUUCCAACUUUCACUCUACAAGAACUAGAUUUUUUGAAGUAUCGCAGGAACAGUUACACUGCCAAAGAAGCACUACGAUUUAUUGACGGAACAGACUUCCCACAAAGCGUGGACUUGAUAAUUGAGUUCCCUGAGCUUCUCGAUACCAUACCAUGGUCAAACGUACUUGAACAUCAAGCUUUCGAAGUACCUGAAUUUGAUUUGAAACCCAAUUCACCUCAUUCACUACCCCGUCGUCUGCGAAAUUUGCUUAAAAGCUGUACCUACAAAUGUCAUUUAGAAGGUAGCAACAACCAGACUUGGACAUUGGUCACUGAAGAUCCACAGAUUCGUCGCCUUGCCGAUGCAUUUGGCAUUCCACAUUGUUCGCUCGUCGCAGCAGACCAAGAAAUUUGCAAAAAACUCGACAAAAGAGCUUUCCAACAAAGCGUCAAGUUCAGCGACUCUUUGAAAAAGACAAGUGUCAAGGGCUCAUCUGGUGGGAAAGAUGUGUACCGCGCCAAGUUUGACCAGGUUAUGUACGCGAGCCGAGGCCCUGGUAACCUAUGGAAGCCUUGA